AUGACUCUGUCGGACGAUAAAGUGAAGAACCAGAUUCAGCACAUGAUAGCCUUCAUUGAACAGGAAGCCAAUGAGAAAGUUGAGGAAAUAAUCACAAAAGCAGAGGAGGAGUUCAACAUAGAAAAAAGCAGCAUUGUCAACACGCAGAGGGUUAAAAUUAUGGAGUUCUACCAAAAGAAGCAAAAACAAACUGAAUUAAAUAAAAAGAUACAAACAUCCAACCUUCUGAAUAAUGCCAGGCUGAAAGUGCUGAAAGCCAGAGAAGAUCACAUCAAGAAUAUUCUUGAUGAAACACAGAGGAAACUGCUGUCCAUCUCAAACAAUGCUGCUCAAUACAAGAAACUUCUCGAAGGUUUGAUAUCUCAGGGUCUGUUUCAGUUGCUAGAGGACAAAGUCGAAAUCAAAUGUAGAAAGUGUGAUGUUGCUCUAGUUGAGGAAAUACUACCGACAUCUGUGAAUGGAUUUAAGAAGUUGACUGGCAAGGCCGUUUCUGCAACAAUCAACAAAUCAUCAUUCCUCAGCAGUGAAUGCACAGGUGGUGUUGAGAUGACCUCGCAUGAUGGCAAGAUCAGAGUUAUAAACACUUUGGAGAGCCGGUUGGAACUUAUAAGCCAGCAGGUCUUCCCAGAGUUGAAGGAGAUGCUGUUCGGAGUCAAUAUGAACCGAAAGUUCCGCGACUGA